AUGUCAGCAACUCGAAGUAAUGUUCUUCGGCUAUUCAAAACAAUGAUGCGAGAAAGUCAGUUAUUUACAUCUUAUAAUUUUAGAAAUUACGCCAUUAGGAGAAUAAGAGAUGCAUUCAAAGCGAAUAAAAAUUUACAGGACUGUGAUGCGAUUGAAGCUGCAUACAAUGAAGCAUUUACUACGUUAGCCAUCAUAAAAAGACAAGUUGUUAUAGCAGAUAUGUACAAAACUGAUAAAUUAGUUCUUGAAAGAGUAAAACAAUGA